UUUGUUUCUCUUGUACUCCAUUUCCUAAGGAAGAGAAAUAUGACAGUAAAGGACCAACCAUCUUGUUUUUCUUUUUUAAUCUUAAUACAUUUUUUGUCAACAAUGUAAAAGGAAAAUGUAGGCCUCUAUAACCAGGAAGGGGAAUGAAAGAAAAACAAUAGCAGUUGACUUGCAGUAAGAGGUGGAGCAUAACUGGAAAUGUUACAGCUUCACAUUCCUCAGGUAUAACUCAAGGUAAGUCGAUUCACGGUAAGAGAAAGAGACAGAGAGUUCAGCAUUCACUGAUAUAGUAUGGCAGCUCCCAGCAGUCUCCUCUCUGAAGAGCAGUUUCGGUGUUCCAUCUGUCUGGAUGUGUUCUCUCAUCCAGUCACCAUACCUUGUGGACACAACUUCUGCAAGAACUGCAUCACACAAGCCUGGGAAGUUAGUGGAAAAUACCAGUGUCCUAUAUGUAAAGAGCUUCUCAUCAGAAGGCCUGAACUCCGCGUCAAUACUGUUUUAUCUGAGAUGGCUGAUCGGUUCAGGAAAUCAGCUAAAAAGAAAGCCAGCAGUGUAGAGCAAAAGCGAGCCAAAGGAGGAGAUGUUACCUGUGACGUCUGCACUGAAACCAAACUGAAGGCCCUGAAGUCCUGCCUGGUGUGUCUGGCCUCCUACUGUGAGACUCACCUGGAGCCUCAUCUCAGAAUCCCAGGACUGAAAAGACAUGAGCUGAUCAAUCCUGUGAAGAACCUGGAAGACAGAGUGUGUAAGAAGCAUGAUAGACCUCUGGAGGUGUUCUGUAAGACUGACCAGAUGUAUGUCUGUCAGUUGUGCAUUGUGACAGAACACAGGAGACAUAAUUUUUCCCCUCUGAAAAAAGAAUAUGAACAAAGGAAAGCUACGCUGGGGAGAGAUGGAGCUAAAAUUCAGCAGAUGAUCCAGGAGAGACAGCUGAAGAUUCAGCAGAUCAAACAGUCAGUGAAGCUCAGUAAGGAAGAUGCAGACAGAGAGACAGUAGCUGGUGUGCAGGUCUUCACUGCUCUGAUCCAGUCUAUUGAGAGAGAUCUGGCUCAGUUCCAAGAGAUUAUCCAAGAGAAGCAGAAAACCACAGAGAAACAGGCUGAAGGCUUCAUCAUAGAGCUAGAAGAGGAAAUAUCUGAGUUGAUAAAGAGAAGUGCUGAAGUGGAGCAGCUCUCAAACACCGAAGACCACCUCCAGCUCCUCCAAAGCUUCCCAUCCCUGAACACAGCCCCACCCACCAAAGACUGGACAGAGGUCAGAGUUCACUCAUCAUAUGAGGGGACUGUAAGGAGAGCUGUGGCUCAGCUGCAGGAGACCCUCAGUAAAGAAAUGGAGAAGCUGUGUGCUGAUAUCGAGUUGAAGAGGGUCCAGCAGUUUGCGGUGGAUGUGACUCUUGAUCCUGACACUGCACAUUCAGCUCUUGUCUUGUCUGAGAAUAAAAAUCAUGUCAGUUGUGGUAAUGUAAAAAAGAAACUGCCAGACAAUCCAGGGAGAUUUUCCCAUAGUCCCUGUGUCUUAGGAAGGCAAAGUUUCUCUUCAGGAAGAUUUUAUUAUGAAGUUAAUGUUGAAGGGAAGACCAGAUGGGAUCUAGGAGUGGCCAAAGAGUCAGUCAACAGGAAGGGACAUAUUGCAGUUUGCCCAACGACAGGCUUUUGGGUUAUUUGGCUGAAGAAUGGAAAUGAGUACAAAGCUCUUGAUGAGCCUGGUGUCCAUCUAUCUCUAAAGUCAAAGCCUGAGAAGGUGGGGGUGUUUGUGGAUUAUGAGGAGGGUCUGGUCUCCUUUUAUGAUGUAGAUUCUGCAGCUCUCAUCUACUCCUUUACUGGCUGUAACUUCACUGAGAAACUCUUACCAUUCUUUGGUCCUGGCAUUAAUGAGGGUGGUAAAAACUCUGCCCCUCUGAUCAUCUCUCCUGUCAGUCACACUGAUUAGACUUUGAUUUUCACCGGGAAGAUGCUUUGAGCUAUAUUAUUUGUCAUACACAAUGGGCUUCAUGCAAGAUAUCCAUUUAUUUGUUUUUCGUAUUUCUUAAUACCCACUGAUUCACCAAUGUUUCCUUAUGUUUGCUCUUCACUUAGGUGAGAGAGCAUUUUAUGAGUGGUUGAAAGCACUCUUACCUAAGAUAAGAAAAAAAUAUCUAUCCCACCGUCCACAUAUUGUUUGUCUAACGCAAGCACACAAAAGUUUUAGAUGGGAGGAAAAUAAAAAACACUAUCAUAUAAUCCAAUUUAGAUAUAUUUUAGUAAUUAGAGUAAUUAUAAUGAUUGGAUUAUUAAAUUAGUGGGCUAAAGAAACAUUAUUGGUCCACUGAUCCCACUUCAAACUAUAAAAAUCCUUGUAUGAUAUGCCUGCCUUCAGGUUCUGAAUGGCAUACUGAUUCUUAAUUACAUUAUGCUCUUAUAUGCUUUGCAAACGCAGAGAACGUUUUACCUUAGACCUCGCACAGUUCUAUUGUAUGAAACAUACAAUGUUACAUACAUGUUAAGCUUUUAGAUUUGUGCAAUACUCUAGAGUCUCCACUUUGUCCUGUAAUUCCACUGAUGCUCUGGAAACUAAAGUUUAUUAAACAGAACAUCAAUUUCAAGUCUGCUGAAGUUCUUCUUCUAGAUUUAUAGAGAUCAAUUAAUCAAUAUAUCAGUGUCUCAUAGAUAUGUAUUUAUAUUUAUGGGGCAUGCACAGUUAUACUGUGUAUUCAGUUAUUUUAAUUCAUUAGUUAUUUGCUGUUUUUUUCUGUUGAUAUAUAUUUUUAUUCUGUUCUAGUGUUAUAUGUGUAUUUGCUGUAAAUUUGUUGUUGCUGCAUAACCUACUGCUGUAAUUUGAAUAAUUAUUAUUUUUAAUCAUAAUAUUUGACUUCUUUUUUCUCUUGAGAGAAAAGUAGGGGAAAAUACAUUGAAGAGAAUGUGGCUACAUGAGACCCAAUGUAUAAUUUCUUGUUUUAUUGUGGUUGUGGUUAUUACUUUAUUCCAUAGGACGACAUUUCGCAUUAGAUAUUUCUUUAAUGUUUACUAUUACUGCUCCAAAACCAAUUUCCAUAUGGUUAAUAAUUCUUAAUUCCUGAUUCAAUGUAGUUGUGUGCAAGUGUCAGUAUUGACGUUAUUGUCAUGAUUUUACAUAAAAGAGGUGUUUAGUUUUUAGUUAAUCUUUACAGAGCAGUAAAUUAAGUCAAAUGUGUACAUUUACAGUGUGUUCAAUCUCAUAUUUUAAACAUUUACUGAAAUAAAAUAAGCAAAUAGAAAAA